AAGCGGCUCGCCAAGCUUUUAGCCUUUCCUCUCUCCUUUUCUCUCCCCCUCUUUGUUUCCCAUUCUCCGCUAGGGUUUAAUUAGGGUUUCUGCGUCUCUGCUUCACGGCCAUGGAUAGGUACCAGAAAGUCGAGAGACGGAAGCCGGAGGCAGCCAUUAACGAGAAUGAGAUCAGAAUCACUUCUGCUGGCCCUAUUCGAAAUUACAUCAGCUAUGCUACCUCUCUGCUUCAGGACAAACAUGUGAAGGAGAUUGUCCUGAAAGCAAUGGGACAGGCAAUCAGCAAGACAGUAGCCAUUGCAGAGAUCAUAAAGAAAAGGAUGCCCCGGUUACAUCAAGAUACUGCCAUCAGUUCAGUCAGCAUAACUGAUGUAUGGGAACCCAUUGAGGAAGGACUUGAAAAUGUGGAGAUGACUCGCCAGGUCUCAAUGAUUUCAAUCACCUUUUCGUUCAGAGAGCUAAACCAAAAUUCUCCUGGGUACCAAGCUCCAAAUUAUGUUGAAAAGCCACAGAAUCGCUAUCAACAGCAGCAACCACCCAAACAAGCUCGUAUUCCAUACAAUGCUGGUAAUCAAGAUUCAUAUGGCCAAGACUCAUAUGGUCGAGGAAGAAGCCGUGGUAGAGGGAGAGGGCGGGGUUGGGCCAGGGCUGGAUAUGGAAACUAUCAAGAUAAUGCCAGGGGUGGAUAUGGAAACAAUCAAGAUAACCCCAGGGGUGGAUAUGGAAACUAUCAAGAUAACGCUAGGGGUGGAUAUGGAAACUAUCAAGAUAAUGGAGGUUAUUCAAACUGGGGUCGAGGUGGGGGCAGAGGAAGAGGUUGGAGCAAUCGUGGUGGAUAUGAAAGGGGUAGAGGUGGAGGAGGCAGAGGCUAUGGCCGUAGCCGUGGAAGGAUGGGUGGCCGGUCAAGGGGUGGUGGCUACUGAAGCAUAAUCAAGGAUAUGGUGUUGCUUCCUCCUUUUUUCCCUUUAGCUAAAUGCUUGCCUUGGUCAGUUGGGAAAAUUAUCAGAAUAUCUUUUUUAGUAGAAUGAAAAUAUGGGUUAUGGUCUCUCCAGCACUAUCAAGCAGUGGAUUUGUGUUUGUUUCUCGAUGAUGUGGAUGUGGCAAGGUUGUUUAUUUUUGGUAUCUCUAGCGUUUAGUCAAGGCAAGUAGACGGGUCAAGAUGAUGCUGUAAUUCAUUGAUACAGUCAUGGUUGUCAACACCUUAUCAUAUGUCUAUAUAUAUAUAUAUAUAUAUAU